CCGCGACGAGAGCUCUUCGCCAUAAGCCAGGCCAAACCCCAAUCCUAUCUCUGCACCCUCGUCCCCAGCAGCCCCAGGCUACUUACUCAAGAUGGGACAACAAGGAAGUCAAUUGUUGAAAGACAUUGAGGAGAACUCAAAUUUCUCCAAGGCUGAGAUCACAAGACUCAAGCGCAGGUUCAUGAAGCUAGACAAGGACGGUUCUGGCUCCAUUGACAAAGACGAAUUUCUACAAAUCCCCGCCAUCGCCAACAACCCCCUCGCCCUCCGCAUGAUCGCCAUCUUUGACGACGAUGGAGGCGGAACUGUUGAUUUCCAAGAAUUUGUUGCUGGUCUCUCUGCCUUUUCUUCUCAAGGGUCAAGAGAGGAGAAGCUCAAGUUUGCAUUUAAGGUGUAUGAUAUGGAUCGGGACGGAUUGAUCAGUAAUGGAGAGCUCUUCUUGGUGUUGAAGAUGAUGGUGGGGAACAAUCUCAAAGAUCAGCAAUUGCAGCAGAUUGUUGACAAGACGAUUAUGGAGGCAGACAAGGAUGGUGACGGCAAGCUCUCGUUCCAAGAGUUCACAGAUCAAGUGGCAGCCACAGAUAUUGCCAGGCAAUUGACGCUGGACGAGAUCUUCUAGCUUCAGACGGAGACAGUAUCCGCACGCAUAUUGGUCAUGAUCGCACUCGCCAAUGCCAUUCUUCACGAGCAGACUUCCCCUCAUAAGCAGCCUAGAAGAUGGACAUCUGACAAAUGGGGAGCCGGUACUGGUCCAGCUUCCAAUACUCCCUUCUCACACCCCUCCAGACUU